GUAAGUCAGUCAGCGGUGCUGUCCAGUGCGCGCGCUCCACAGGCGGGCGCUUCCCGCGCGCGUCUGCAUAAAACUCUUGGCGUCAGGUACACUGCGGCUCUUACACGUAUGGGAAUCCGUUGCAGAUAUAUAUUCGUAUUUGUUUUGCGUGAAACAAUGUCAGACUGACUGAUAUGCGAUCUGCAGACAGCCCUGUCCACCAAGCACCUGUUGGAGAGUCUCUUUCGGAAACAAUGGGGGACAUUCUCAUUCUCAACCACAGCGGAUGGGGAACUUUCAACAGAAAUUUAACAGAUCAACACAAGUUCAGCAGCCUGGAAGACAUCGAUGUGACGGCCGACGGCAGCCUCGUCCUGCGGAUCAUCAUCUCGGUGGUUUACUCCGCGGUGUGCGCCGUGGGUCUGGUGGGAAAUCUUCUGGUGUUUUUCCUGAUGAAGAUCAGACAAGGACGAAAGAAAUCCAUCAUUAAUUUCUUUGUCAUCAAUUUAGCUGUCACCGACUUUCAGUUCGUUCUGACGUUGCCUUUCUGGGCGGUAGACACGGCGUUGGACUUCAGCUGGCCGUUUGGUAACGCGAUGUGCAAGAUCAUUCUAUCGGUCACUGUGAUGAACAUGUACGCCAGCGUCUUCUUUCUCACCGCGAUGAGCAUCACGCGCUACUGGUCUGUCGCAUCUGCCCUAAAGAUCCCUUCCCGAACGAAGUCCGUGUCUGUGAAGUGGAUCUGCGCUGUGUUGUGGAUCCUGGCGACUGUGGCAACAGCUCCAACUUCCAUUUUCUCCACAGUCACAGUUGUGGCAGGUGAAAAACUCUGUCUCCUCAAGUUCCCAGAUGGCCACGAUUGGCUAGCUUUGUAUCACCUUCAGAAAAUUGUCAUCGCGUUCAUCCUGCCCAUGUUCAUUCUCUCAGUGUGUUAUCUUCUACUUCUGAGGUUCAUCCGAAAGAGGGGCGUUAAUGACCGCCAAAGAAGACGAUCUAAAGUGGCAAAGUCUGUAACGGUGGUGGUGCUCUCUUUCUUCAUUUGCUGGAUGCCGAACCAUGCGAUCACGCUGUGGGGAGUGCUGGUGAAACUCAACGCGGUGCACUGGGACAAAUCAUACUAUACCGUGCAUACUUACGUUUUCCCCGUGACUGUGUGUCUCGCUCACACAAAUAGUUGUUUAAACCCAGUCUUGUAUUGUUUAAUGCGACGGGAGUUCAGGAAAAUGUUACAUAGUAUCUUUUGGCGCGUCUCCACGCCUGUUCUUUCGAACGCUGGGAAAUUACACGGAUACAGCGGAGGCAGCAAUCAGACCCAUGAUGAGACACAUAUUGGAAUUCAUUUAAACGUGAUUGACGCACAAUCCAGAAAACAUACUGACAACAUUCACAGGUGCUGAUAACUGAUAAAACAGUGGACUGAUGUCUUUCUGAUGAACCAAAGGGUGCUCAUGUGAAGGUUAUGAGCAAUUUUAAAGGUAUUUUAUUUAUUUGCCCACAUACAUGCUGAAUGUCUGAGUUAAACCUAAUGACUUAAAAAGAGCAAAAUAUGUAUAAAAAAAAAAAGAAAAGAAAAAAGAAAAAAAGUUGUUCCCGCUAUAUUUAAUUUAUUUUCAUGUUUUGAUCUUUGUCUCUUUUCGUGUGAUAGUGAAUACACUGAAAUGUAAAGAUAUUUA